AUGGCGGCACUUCCGCCUCUCGCCUCGAGCGACAACGUGGUUGUGGCGGAGGCUUCGGGAUGGGGCCUGGCCCAAAUCACCCAGGCCGCCCUGCGUGCGGUCGGCGGAGCCUGGCGCGCGGCUUCGGGCGGUGGCGACGACCUCAAUCAUUCCAAUAAUCACAAAGUCUCCAUCUGGGGCCAGCAGCAGCCGCGACCCCUCGUCGUGGCCCUCGCCGCCGUGGCCACCGUAGGCGCCGUGGGCGGGGCCGCCCUGCUACUCGCCUGGGUCCUACGACGCCGAACUAGUCCGCCGCCGCCGCCGCCGCGCAGCAGUCAGCAGCCGCAGCCGCGACUGUCGCAGGCGUCGACCUCGGUCGAGGCCGACCUGGAGGACGGCCCCGCCGCCCACAACGACGACCAGUACCACGACUGCGACCGCCGAGCCGUCGAGUGCCAAGACACGAUGAAUGCGGAGCCCAUGAAGCCGGCCGAUUUCGUGAGCUGUCCUCCGCUGCCCCUCAACUGCGCCAUCAUCACGCUCGCAGGCGAGCGGAAUCGGGAUCAUGUCGUCCUUCCCCUUCGACUCGAGCUGCUGAGCGAAAAGACCGCAGACGACCUCCAGGUGCUGAACGACUCGCUCUUCCCCAUCAAAUACAACCGACGGCUGUACGACAUCCUCCUUCGCACGCCCGAGUUGAGCUGUCUCGCGUAUUAUGGGGACACGCUGGUCGGUGCGUCGUCAUCGCGCGUCGAGCCCAUCUCCGACUCGGAGGACGAGGACGACGAAUCCGAGGAGCGGCCCGGUGAGGCCGAAAUUCAGAAACACAAGAUGGCCAACUACUACGUCAUGACCCUCGGCGUCCUGGGACCCUACCGCAGGAAGGGCGUGGGUGGUCAGCUGCUGCGGCAUGCGUUUGAUGAUUGCCACCGGGUGGAGAAGGAGACGGCCAAGCGGGCCGAGGAGAAGAAGCGGAGGGAGGAAGAGCGCCGACAAACGGCCCCAACCCCGAUUCGGACAGCGACAGCGACGACGAAGAUAACUGCGAGGUGCGCGAUGCGGAUCAACGACGUCUACAUUCACAUCGCGUCCAAGAGCGGGCGGGAGGUGGAGUUCUACAAACGCCACGGCUUCGAAAUGACCCGCAUCGAUCGCGAUUAUUACCGACGCGUGGAGCCACCGGACGCUCUCGUCUUCUCCAAAAACUACGCCCACUACCAGGUGGAGCAGCAGCUGCUGAAGGACAACCCGACGUCGGGGGCGGACGCGGUCGGGAGCCUGAAGGACAUGCUGGGCAAGUGGGUCAGCCAGAACUGGACCGCCAUGGAGUCCCAGCUCGCCGUGCUGCCCGCCGACCUGCGCGCCUGGCUGCUCAACUAUUUGACCGUCAACAGCCUCCUCGUCGACCCCCUCCUCCACAUACUCGCGCCCGACUCUGCCGCCACCCGUCUCGACCUUAGUUGGUGCAAGAGCGUGACGGAGACCGGGCUGCAGGGGAUCGGAGAGGCCUGCCCGCAGAUCCAGCAGCUCAUGCUGCGAGGAACCAGCAUCCGCUUUUCGCCCUUCCUCAAAAGUUUGAAGCACUUCCCGUUCGUGCAUUCGAUCAACCUGGAUCUCUGCCCGGACAUCGAGGACAAGGACGUCGUCUCGAUCAUCACGUCGCUCGGGCGCAACCUCCGCUCCAUCUCGCUCGCCGGCUGCGUCAAGGUGCUACGCGCGCCGUCAUACCUCACGCCAUACCCCACGCUCCGCUCACUCGUCAUCGCCUUUGACGGCCUCAAAGCUAACGCCUCCCUUGGCUCGGGUGCCCAGGUGUCGGAGCAAGCGGUGGAGAAGCUGGUCACGGAGUGUCCCAACCUCGAGAACGUUUCGCUAUCGGGCUGCGACCGCAUCACCGACGCGUCGCUGGAAUGCCUCUCCUCGCUCACCAAGCUGCAGCAGCUUGACAUCUCGUGGUGUCGCCAGCUGACUAACGUAGAGCCGCUGUCGGCGUGCCGGCACCUUUCAGUCCUCAAUCUCGACGGCUGCUGGAACGUGAGCGGGAGACGGUUCAUGGAGCUCUGCUCCAGCGUGCUUCUCACCGUCCUUUCCAUUGAUGAGUGUGGAGGCAUUCGGCGAAAGCACCUCUCGUGGUGUGCCCAGAACCAGCGAUUCGCCGCCCUCCGCAGUCUCACCCUCAGCGGUUUCUCGAAGCUUCACGACGAAGACCUCACCCUGCUUGUCAAGUCCGCCGACCAACUCAUGCACCUGGUGUUGUGGGCGACGGACUUUAGCGAGGCGCUGCUGCAGCAGCUGGCCGACGCCUAUCCGCGUAUCGAGAUCGAGGCCUUCAGCAACAUGAUCGACCCCGAAGGCGGCAGCUCCCACCGCACCACCGCUGCCCAGUAG